AGAAUGGAGUACCGUGAUUAAUCGACAGUCCAGCAGGCAUCAGCUAUGUAGCCAAGUGAUAACAGUGUCCAGAAGGCAGCAGUAGAUGGUACAGGGAAGGCGCCAUUACGCUAGCACGCGGGCUACACUGCGUUUAAAGUUAGUAGCCCUCCGACGGAGGCCGGUUGAAGGCACAGCGGAUGGAGUAUUCGUCGGCAGACCAGUUGUGGUGGUGCGGCGGGGGGCCGUGUCGACAGAGAAUCCAAGCCAGAUGGCGAAAGAGGUAGUACAGAGAGAUGAUGAUGAUCCCCCGAGGGAGGGGAGGGAGGUUGUUGAGGAAGAACCAGUGGCCCAGCUCAAGAAGGAGCCCAAGAAGACAGGAAAGGCGAAGAGGAAAAGUAGUGCCAAGAAGUCAGGGGAGCAGGGCACUGAUACGGAUGCAGGAUUGAGGAAUAAACACCCGGACAGAGGAUCUGUUAUUGAGCUCUUGGAGAAGAAUGCUCUUAAGGCUGCAUUCGGCCCAGGCAACAAAGAUGAGAUGGAGGACUGCUACCCAAUCCUCAUCUCAUUCAUGCGCAAUCUUACUGAUGAGCAAUGGCAAGUGAUCUAUAAAGGAUUUAAAAAACCUAUGACAAAGGAACAGCUUGCAAAAUUGUGCAAGACCAUUGUCAACUUCAUUGCACAGACCACCCUGCAGAUCCUGCUGCCGGCGCUGGCCCGCAUUCUAGGGGUGACGGGCUUUUAUGACAACUCUGACUCACUCAAGAGGGGUGGCAGUGCAAGAUCCUUCACUGCCUUUGAGCAAAAAAUACUGGAGCUCAUCCAGGAAGUUAAAUAUUUGGCGAAGUAA